AUGUCUUCCGGCGUGGCCCCAGCUAAGGAGCCCAACGCUACGGGCCCCAAGGCCGUGGAACUUGUCCUGGUCAAGGAGCAGAAUGGGGUGCAGUUCACAAGCUCCACCCUCAUCAACCCCACGCAGACGCCCGUGGAGACCCAAGAACGAGAGACCUGGAGCAAGAAGGUCGACUUCCUCCUGUCGGUGGUCGGCUUUGCGGUGGACCUGGCCAACGUCUGGCGGUUCCCCUACCUGUGCUACAAAAACGGCGGCGGCGCCUUCCUGGUCCCCUACCUGCUCUUCAUGGCCAUUGCUGGGGUGCCGCUCUUCUACAUGGAGCUGGCCCUGGGGCAGUUCACCAGGGAAGGGGCCGCUGGCGUCUGGAAGAUCUGCCCCCUGCUGAAAGCUCCGCAAAGCGGGGGCGCUGAGAGCGAGAGGUCGGGGCUGGGCUUCUGCGGGCUCCCGGCACGCUACAGCCCUCGAGGACAUGGGCCCUGCCCCCCAGCCACGCUAUUGGGCCUGACCCUUCUGAGGAGGCAGCACCCCGAAGCACCCGCCUGUCCCACCCUCUCCAGGCGAGGCGUGCUGCACCUUCACGAGAGCCGUGGCAUCGACGACUUGGGCCCCCCUCGGUGGCAGCUCACUUCCUGCCUGGUGCUGGUCAUCAUCCUCCUCUACUUUAGCUUGUGGAAGGGAGUGAAGACUUCUGGGAAGGUUGUGUGGAUCACGGCCACCAUGCCGUACGCCGUGCUCUUUGCCCUGCUUCUUCGAGGACUCACUCUCCCUGGGGCCGUCGACGGCAUCCGAGCGUACCUGAGCGUAGACUUCCACCGACUCUGCGAGUCUUCUGUCUGGAUAGAUGCCGCCACCCAGGUGUGCUUCUCGCUGGGCGUCGGCUUCGGGGUGCUGAUCGCCUUCUCCAGCUACAAUAAGUUCACCAACAACUGCUACAGAGACGCGGUCAUCACCACUUCGGUCAAUUCCCUGACGAGCUUCUCCUCCGGCUUCGUGGUCUUCUCCUUCCUGGGGUACAUGGCCCAGAAGCACAGCGUGCCCAUCGGAGACGUGGCCAAGGACGGGCCCGGGCUGAUCUUCAUCAUCUACCCCGAGGCGCUGGCCACGCUCCCGCUGUCUUCGGCCUGGGCCGUGGUUUUCUUCAUCAUGCUGCUCACCCUGGGGAUCGACAGCGCCAUGGGCGGCAUGGAGUCGGUGAUCACUGGGCUCACCGACGAGUUCCAGCUGCUGCACCGGCACCGGGAGCUCUUCACCCUCUCCAUCGUCCUGGCGACCUUCUUCCUCUCCCUCUUCUGCGUCACCAACGGUGGCAUCUACGUGUUCACGCUGCUGGACCACUUCGCGGCCGGCACGUCCAUCCUCUUUGGAGUGCUCAUCGAGGCCAUCGGGGUGGCCUGGUUCUACGGCGUGCGGCAGUUCAGUGACGACAUCCAGCAGAUGACCGGGCGGCGGCCCAGCCUGUACUGGAGACUGUGCUGGAAGUUCGUGAGCCCCUGCUUCCUCCUGUUUGUGGUCGUGGUGAGCGUCGUGACCUUCAGGCCCCCGCACUACGGAGCCUACGCCUUCCCCAAGUGGGCCAACGCCCUGGGCUGGGCCAUCGCCUCGUCCUCCAUGUGUAUGGUGCCCGUCUACGCGGCCUACAAGCUCUGCAGUCUGCCCGGCUCCCUGCGGGAGAAACUGGCGUACGCCAUCACACCCGAGCAGGAGCGCGAGCUGGUGGACAGCGGGGAGGUGCGCCAGUUCAGGCUGCGCCACUGGCUCCUGGUGUAG